AUUUUAAUCUUGAACCGAACAUCGUACGUACAUAGCCAUCGAGAGUGCUGCUCUUACAAAGACAUUUUAUAUAUACAUUGUGUGUUGUAUGCAAUAAAGAUCGCGCGUGUUUUUCCAAUUUUUCUUUUUUUUUUCUUCGUUAUUUUUUUAUGAAAUGAAAUUUAAGUGCCAAGUUAAGAAAGUGGAUAGCUAAUACAAAACAACAACAACAGACCUGUCGCAUCGUUUUGUUGGAAUAAUAAUAAUUAAACGAACGAACACAAAAAAAAUGUUAAGCACGUACGUUUUAGUUUUUUGCGUAUUGGCGUCGCCAAUAUAUGCAGUAAUCAACAAACCACCACAAGAAGCCGAUCGACGUGAAGCAGCUCUCGAUAUUUCAUACGGUCCUCCUGCUCAAAACAUUCCAUUACCUGCGCCUAUAUAUGGCCAACCAGCCGUCGCGAGGUAUCCACCACCACCACCAGACAUUCCACCACCACUUCCACAGCCGCAUAAAGAGUACGGAGUUCCGGUGCAGUUUGGACCGCCGCAAAUUCAAGUCGAAUAUGGUCCACCACCUGCUCCAUCUCAUCACGAACAUCAUCAUCAUCACCAUCAUGACGCAAACAGUCAUGGAUCGUUCCACGAGCAAGUAACUCAACAUUUUGGUAUACCACAUGCUGUGUAUGGACCUCCACAUGGACCGCCAAAACAAUCGUAUGGACCGCCAAAACAAUCGUAUGGACCACCAAAACAAUCGUAUGGACCACCAAAGCAAUCGUAUGGCCCGCCAAAACAAUCGUAUGGACCGCCAAAGCAAUCGUAUGGACCACCAAAACAAUCGUAUGGACCGCCAAAACAAUCGUAUGGACCACCAAAACAAUCGUAUGGACCGCCAAAACAAUCUUAUGGACCACCAAAUCAUCACCAACCAGCUCCAGUGUUCAAACCACACAAGACAUAUGGUGCACCAAGACCACAAUCGAUUCAGAAACUUCCUUCAAACUUUGCUGCGCCUCCAUUUAGACCGAAACCAAGCAAUCAAUACGGACCUCCACCAAGUAAUCAAUAUGGACCUCCACCACCAAGCAAUCAAUAUGGACCUCCACCACCAAACAAUCAAUAUGGACCUCCACCACCAAGCAAUCAGUAUGGACCUCCACCACCAAGUAAUCAAUAUGGACCUCCAUCAUCGUCAGGUGGAAUAGUUUCGCCGCUUAAAACUAACUGUGAUGGUUGGAAACCAAUUCCAGGCCCAGCGAUUCCAUACAGUAAUGAAGAACAACAACAACAACAACAACAACACCAUCAUCAUCAUCAUCAUCAUGCUGUAUCUGGUGGUAGUUACAACGCCGACAUUCAACAGCACAAUACAAUUGACGAUGGUAGUCUACACUUACCAACGUCAAACGCAAUUGAUUUUCACAAUGAACUUGGUCUAGGCGAUUUUAACAUUGUCAAGAGCGAAGGAAUUGAGCUCUUCGAAAACCACUUAGGCAGUUCAUAUCCUGGUCCAACUGCUUCCGGUCUCGUCUCACCAAGCGGAGUCUAUGGAGUUCCACCAGGUGGACAAUAUUCAGGAUUAGCAAUUCAGCAUGGUUCAGUUAGCGGUAAUCUUCAACAAUGGUCAGGAGCAGCACCAACUAGUCCAGUUUCUUAUCGUCCACCGGUACCUCAAGGCCUGAUUGAGUCGAUUGGUCAAUCAGUUCAACAUCAGGAUACAUUUGGAGUAAAACCACAACAACAAUCUCCGGUCUAUCUACCACCACCCACUCAAGAAAUACCGAAUGCCCCAAGUGGUUUGCAGACACUUCCUCUUGAACAAACAGCCCAGUUAUUCACACAACAUCAGAACCAUAACUACGACGUGCCUCAAGCAUUACCUCUCAUUCAAGAACCAAGAUAUACGGGAAGUGGUGGUAGUGACUGUGGACACGGUCCACAAUUGAACGGUUUGGGACCGUCUCAAUCAUACGCCACUGGCUACGAUUCGGCAAAAUCAAAUUACAAUUACGACUCAAGCAUUUCAUCCAAUUUCGUUGUUGAAAAUCACCCAAUCGAAGAACAUUCACCAACAUCUAGCUAUGGUCCUCCACCAUCUGGUCCAAUCGUUUCGGAUUCUGAAGGAUUUGACACUCAACUAAAAACAUCGGCUCUGACAGCUGAAGCCAGCGAUAAUGUCAGUGUUCAAGAGCAAAUAAUUCAAGACGAGUCGAGCCAAGAAAACGCAGAAGACAAUCAACCUAAACAGGCAGCAUUGAUCCAAACACUCGAAACAUCUGAACAGACACACGAUCAGUCAAAUUCACAAGAACACCUACAAAUCAGAGUGCAAGACGAUCAGCAACAAAGCACACACAUAAAUGACCUUCCCGGUCUUAGUGGAUCCGGACUCGAUAUCAUUUCAUCGCAACAAUCUCAAAGUCUAACCAUCCCGGUGCAAGGAAACCUCGGCUCAUACCAAUUACAGUUCCAAGCCGCCGAUCCUCUCGGCAGUUCCGGUAACAGCAUAGACGUGCCCAAUCACCAGCAAUUUUUAUCGGAAGGGCUGUUGCAAUCAAUUUUGAAUGCCAUCGAACAACCCGACUCAAAUGCACCAGCCAUACCACAGACGACAUUUGAAGAGCUGCAUAACCACAGCGAUGUCGACAGUUUCAUUAAUAGUCAAGCAGGUCAAGAAGUACUUGCUGAACCAAAAAUUCAAUAGGGAAAAAAAUGGUUUUUGAAACAUUUUUAUAUUCCCUGAAAGUCUGUGCAUGUGGUGUGCUCGCGUGUGUGUGUUAGCUAUAUAUAGUGUAGUACGUGAAACAAUUUGCAUUUGAAAUGAACUUUUUUUUGCUGCUGUUGAGUGAGUGAAUGUUUCAAGCUUUUAUUUAUUUUUUCACAAAAAUCUAUCGAUAACAAACGAAGAAAAUAAAAAAAAAAUGAAAAAAAACUUGUUGCCAUAAAAA